AUGCAGCCUUCCGAGAACAUCACCCAGGCCCCCAUCGUCGCCCAGCAGCCGACCGCAAAGGCAACAAUGAACUCGACUGCCGCUCCCACCACUGCCGGUCAGCCUGAGAGCGAGCCCCUCCGUCUUCGUGGCGGUUGCCCCGGCAAGUUCUGCGGUCUUCCCAUCCUUCCCUGCCGCGUCGACAUCUGCUGCAUCCCCAUCCCUUGCUGCUGCUAG